AUGCAGCUGCCUUGGGCAGGGCGCGGUGGCUCUGGCAAUGAGUCUCUGCUGCCAAUGGCCAACUUGCCCAUCAUCACUGGAGAUGCGGCCGACAGUGAUCGGGAGGGAAGAUCAGGAGCAAGGCCAGGGCAUGCCCGAACAUCCUCUGCGCAUGCGCGGGGGGUCGCCAACGAAUACUCCUUCAUGACACCCAGCGAAGCUGCUGCGCAGUUACGGACGUCCCUCACGUACGGCCUUACGCCCAACGAAGCCUUGAAGCGACUCGGCGAACAUGGUCCGAAUGAGAUACCCCACGAAGAACCAGAGCCUCUGUGGCUCCGGUUUGCGAAGCAGUUUCAAGAGCCGUUGAUUGUACUCCUUCUGGUAUCCGCGGGAACCUCGUUACUCUUGGGCAACACGGACGAUGCGAUAAGUAUCACGGUGGCGGUAACCAUUGUCGUUUCUGUCGGUUUUAUCCAGGAAUAUCGAUCGGAAAAAUCUAUCGAGGCCCUCAAUCACCUUGUUCCGAAUCACGCACAUCUUGUACGAGGCUCACCGAAUAAGUCAUCUGCUUUGCCGAAAAUGUCCCCGUGGCCCCCUAAUGUCAACGAACUCCGAGACCCGGCCGAUAGCUCUGGUUUAAUGACCCCAAUCGAAGACAUCUUGGACGCUACUUCUUUCAGAGUGUCGGCAUCUCAGCUUGUGCCGGGCGAUUUGGUCCUCUUCACUACUGGCGAUCGUAUUCCUGCAGAUAUACGGGUUACCAAGGCGGCCGACUUAUCCAUUGAUGUAUCAAAUCUGACAGGCGAGACGAAGCCUAUUAGUAUAUCAACUGAGUCGCGGUCUCAAGGAAUCAACCAAUUCUCGAAGCAGUCAUCUCUCGCUCCAGCCACGCCCUUGGAUAGCACCGAAGCGGAGAGCAGUGACAUACGGAAUAUUGCAUACAUGGGCACGCUGGUCAAAUCCGGACACGGCCAGGGAAUUGUCUUUGCAACCGGCGGCAGCACUCACUUCGGCUCUAUUGCUACAAGCGUUUCUGGAACGGAAAACCCCAGGUCGCCUUUACAGCUAUCGAUGGAUGAGCUUGGCACACAGCUGAGCAAGGCAUCAUUUGUCGUGAUUGGAUUGAUAUCGCUUGUUGGUUGGCUGCAAGGGAAAAAACUACUAGAAAUUUUCACCAUUUCUAUAUCCUUGGCCGUUGCAGCUAUCCCAGAAGGCUUACCCAUUAUUGUUACCGUUACUUUGGCUCUUGGCGUACAUCGUAUGGCGAAGCAUCAUGCCAUCGUACGCUGGAUGCCCAAAGUCGAAACCCUUGGAUCUGUCAACGUCGUGUGUACCGACAAGACGGGUACUCUUACAACCAAUCAUAUGACUACUGUCGAGAUGUGGUGCUUUGGAGAACAAGGCCCGUUCCACGUCUCCUCGGACGCUGAGAUUGAAGAGAUUAAGCCGACGCAAGCGGCUGUACAAAUCCUACGAAUUGGAAACGUUGCCAACAAUGCACGCCUGGCAAAGAACUUUGCAGAGAGCGGCGCCGCUGCAACUGCCAUCUUGACUUCAACUCUUAGUCGUGAAGAAGCAUCUACCUAUACUCGAUGGGUUGGCCAACCUACGGAUGUAGCCAUGCUCGACUUACUUGAUAAAUUCAAAGAACAUGACAUUCGAGAUUCCGUCGGUCCACGCGUCACCGAAGUACCCUUCAGCUCUGAGAGGAAAUGGAUGGGUGUUACCAUAGGAAAUGAAAAAGAGUACGCAUAUAUGAAAGGAUCAAUAGAGAAAAUCCUCGCCGCAUGCGAUACGUAUUUGGAAAAGGACGGCCGGGAGAUUGUACUGGACAGUGCACGGCGCCAGGAGGCCUUGGCGGCGGCCGAAGCCAUGGCAGUCAAGGGACUUCGUGUUCUCGCCUUUGCCAGUGGUCAAGUGUCCAAGUCUUCCAAAGCUCGUUCACCCGCACCUGGUACGCGAAGCAACACGCCUGCUGCUGAUGGAGCUUCUACCCCAACGAUUCCUCAAGGCUCGGACGAUACUUACAAGGGACUCACAUUUGCUGGCUUAGUUGGCAUGAGGGACCCUCCUCGGCCCGGUGUGGAACGCUCUAUUCGACGACUUAUGCGAGGCGGCGUCAGAGUUAUCAUGAUCACCGGCGAUGCGGAAACUACAGCACUUGCAAUUGGUAAACAGUUGGGAAUGAGCGUUGCCGUUCCCAGCGCCCAUUUGCCGGGCCAGAACGCAAUCAAAGCUGUCCUCCGGGGAGAUGAGAUUGAUAGGAUGUCUGACGAAGACCUUGCUCAAGCGAUACAGCACACUACUAUUUUUGCCAGAACCAACCCUGACCACAAGAUGAAGAUUAUUCGUGCGCUCCAGUCUCGAGGAGACAUUGUGGCUAUGACGGGUGACGGUGUAAACGAUGCGCCUGCCUUGAAAAAGGCAGACAUUGGUAUUGCUAUGGGACGCCAUGGAACAGACGUUGCCAAAGAGGCAGCGGAUAUGAUUUUGACUGACGACGACUUCUCCACCAUUUUACGGGCCAUUGAGGAAGGCAAAGGCAUAUUCAACAAUAUUCAGAAUUUCCUUACCUUCCAGCUCAGUACGAGUGCGGCUAGCUUGGCCCUGGUUUUUGUCUGCACUUGCUUUGGGUUCAAGAGUCCCCUCAAUGCUAUGCAGAUUCUCUGGAUUAACAUCAUUAUGGAUGGUCCCCCUGCGCAGUCUCUUGGUGUCGAAACAGUAGACCCUGAUGUGAUGAAUAGGCCACCAAGGAAGCGGAAUGAUCCAGUUCUGACAAAUAAGCUUAUACAGAGAGUCCUAACUUCGGCAGCCAUCAUCAUGGUUGGCACUAUGCUCACCUACCGGCAGCAGAUGGCCGACGGCGUCGUCACUCGCAGGGAUACUACCAUGACCUUUACAUGCUUUGUGUUCUUUGACAUGUUCAACGCUCUUAGCUGCCGAUCCGAAUCCAAGUCGAUACUGCGCGGCGAAGUGGGACUGUUAUCGAAUACCUUAUUUAAUUGGGCAGUGUCCCUGUCAAUUGUUGGCCAGCUCCUUGUCAUCUAUCUUCCGUGGCUUCAGGAGGUUUUCCAAACAGAAGCUAUUUCGCUGGGCGAUUUGAUACGCCUUGUCUUGCUUUGCAGCACCGUUUUCUGGGCGGACGAAUUACGAAAGUACUUGAAGAAUGGACGGCGGCGUUUGGGUGGCGGUUACAGUCAAGCGUACUACUGUAGCACUGCAAGCUACAACCACCAACACUCGACCUUCUGCCAGCUGGAGACCUCCGGAGCGGCGCAGCUACUCCAAAGCCAGGCCAGCAAACUCCAAGGCAGCUAUGCGCCUCCUCGACACUCGUGCUCCGCGCCAAUGUCAGCCCUCUCCAACGGCGUCCUCCACCGAACGGACAGCAGCAGCCAUGCUGUAGCACGACGUCUCCAGAAUGCCGCCAACGAGGCCGAGAUUCGCGCGACGCUCGCCGCUCUCCACGAGCGCGAAUCCUCCAUCACCGCGAGGCUCGAUGCGCUGAUCGAGUCGCAGGCCGACCUGUCUCGGGACCUGGGCAGGCUGGAUCUCCUGCGGGCCGGGCUCGGCGCGCAAGUCAUUGCUGCGCGCUCCAUCAGCAACGAGAUGCUCUCUGGGGCUGCAGACACGGCCGGGCGGCUCAGCAACCGGGUCAAGGAGCUGGAUCUGGAGAAGAGCCGCGUGGAAGAUACGCUGGGCGUCGUGGAGCAGGUGGCAGAGCUCAAGGCAUGCGUCAAUGGCGUGGUUGGCUCCAUGGGGGCGCCGCAGGACUGGGAAGCAGCCGCGGGCUACAUCGCUCGAGCGAGCAAGAUCCCAGAAGAAAUCACAAAGGGAGCCUUCGCCGCCAACAUUGUUCCCAGCGUCGAGGUCCCUGAUGCCCCGUGGAUAACGCUGGAGAAUGCGAAAGAGAGCCUGUGUGGCCUCUUCCUGCGAGAGUUUGAGAAGGCGGCUGCUGAAGGAGACGGCGCCAAAGUCACGAGAUUCUUCAAGCUGUUUCCACUCAUUGGGAGAGCGGAUAUGGGAUUGGAUGUGUACGGGAAAUACGUGUGUCAGGGAGUUGCGGGUACGGCGCGAGCGACGCUCAAGGACGGCAUGGCGGGCCAGAACCGGAAAGAGGGCAUCAUCUACGCCAAUUCGCUUACGAGGCUCUUCCAACACAUUGCACAGAUCAUCGAGGGUCAUGGAGGAUUGGUCGAGAGGCACUACGGCACUGGCAAGAUGGUUCGCGUCAUCGAGAGGAUCCAGAUGGAGGCUGAUGUCCAGGGCGGCAUCGUCCUCGACACGUGGAGUGACGAACGAGGAGUCGACAAGAAGCUGACGGAUGUAAAGAGCUAUCCAUUUUCAUUCCUGGUGCAGAGUUUCUUACCGCCGCCUCCUCGAGGGGGGAUACCGAGAUUGAAUUCGCCUGCGGCUGGCAUAGGCAACAACCCUCGCAGCAGUGAGGACGAAGGCGUCAAUAUGAAGGAAGUCGAUGGUUUGCUGCAUGAGAUUUCUGUUAUGCUUGCUCAGUGGUCGUUUUACACUCGAUUUAUAUCGGCCAAGUCAAUGGAUACAACUGAUGAUGAUGCGCCUUUGAAGCUUGCGGAGCUGCUCAUUAAAUCGAAAUUAUACAGCAAGGUAUCAUCAAAGCUGAUAUCGCCUUACAACGUCAUGUCGACCUUUUUCUUUCGUCGGUCCGUUGAAAAAGCGUUUCAGCUGGAUGAGUACCCCAGUGGCCUGUCACUGAGUCUACAUAGGCCAAUUGAGGGCAACACCCCAUACAUAAUACUCGCAGUUGACGAUGUCAUGUACAUUGUUAACGCUGUGCUUCAGAGGUGUCUCUCUACCUCUCAGAAAGAUGUCGUCACCUCAGUCGUUCCAUCUGUUAGUCGAGUUCUAACUGGCGACUUUGUGGGUAUGAUACAAAGGAAAAUGCGUGACGAGUCUUACCCAAAGGCUGCUGUGCAGGGCGGCUUCCCACCAGAAGAGAAGAUUAUACAAUUUAUUGUUCUCAUCAACAGCUUGGACAUGGCCAAUGAAUACCUAGUCAGGAUUAUCCAUGGUCGCAUUGGCUCUCCAGAUGAAUCAACACAACAUAAAGAGGAAGUUGAAGCCCAACUGAAACAGUCAUUCCCAUUUGAUCGCGACGUGACCGCCGUCGUUGGCGCUCUGCGCUCAUUAGAGACUGCUUUCCUCGCAAAAACAAACGAGCUGCUAAAUGAAGCCGUUCAAGUUCUUUUCAACCAAGUUGUCAAGCUACGCUUGAGACCAGUCCUCAGCGAUACGUUCCGUGACGCCGACUAUACACUCUCCGAAGAGGACAUUGCGGAAAUUGCCCAGGAAAACGACGAGUCGGAAGAAGUUGUCCUGGACCAAGUAUCACGCCGCUUUGAGCACGGGUGGGAUCAGCUCAUGAAGGCUAUCGGCCGUAUCAUGACGCCAGGAACUUUCAGCACUCUCAUGGACAUGACAGCCCGCUACCUCUCUCGAAUCUUGGAGAAGCGAAUCCUCGGCUACGGCGGAAGGACGAGCGGCUACGGCGCGAUUCGAAUGGAGAGGGAUUUUUCAGCCAUCGUGGAUGUCGUCUCUCGAGGGAAUUACAGCGUAAAGGAGUUGUUUAGCAGAGUGAUGCAGCUGCUCAUGGUUGCGAAUAUGGAAGACGACGAGUGGGAUGAGAUUAUGGUUCAGGAUGGGGAGGACGGCAUUGACUGGGUUUUGACAGAGGAUGAAAAGCGAAGAGCGAGGAGUUUGGUGAGAGGAUAG